AUUCCACUUUUUCCCUCAAGUUGGGGAGUAAUGUAUGUCCUGGCAGUUUUGGGCAUAGACAAUCGCUGUAGAACCAUAAAGCAAAUGGUCUUAUCGAUAGAUAUGAGAUUACUGUGUGAAUGUUUUCUUUAGCAUGAUUUCAUUUUAAUAUUUAAUGAAUAAAUUUUAUUUUUAAGUUUGUUAUCAAUUCAAAAAUUAAAUACAAUAUUUGUAGAAUAUUGGCGUACGUUAAAUUUUUGUCUAUGGUUUUUACCGUUGUUUCUAUUUUUUUUUGGCAUUAUGGUGUUAUGUCAAAUUCCGAACUAAACUUGUCUGGGACGUUUCGUGUUGGUUCUUAUAAUAUAAUAUCUUUUUCUUUAUUAUAUUUACAGUAUACGAUUUAGUCAAUGUAGUUAUUUGAUGUAAAUUGUUUGUGAUUUCGUACUAAGUGCCAAAUUGAUGUCUCGACAAAAUUGGUAUUAUGAAUCAGGGUGAUCAAAAUAUAAACAAAGAUAUGAUCGAUUGUGAUUUAAUCGACGUGGAAUCUUUGGAUUUUUCCGAUGAACAGACAUGGCUCAAUACUGCUCCAGAGGAUGCUGGUGUGGCCUUAGACAUAGUUGACUGGCAGCUGUCCUUCGACUGGCCGUUCACGGAGGAUGCAGAUUAUCUUCAGACAGAAACUGAAUUGUACUCGGUGCUAGAUCAUUUACUCAAAAAUGACGUCGCAGCGCCGAACAAGCACAAGUUCGACUCGCGGACUUUCGUCAAGCCCAAGAAGCGGGCCCAACGGCCAAGCAUACAGAGCAUCGUGGAAAACCCGCCGACUCCAAACAAAUAUCUCACGUACAACAAGUACUCGGCGCCGCUGGGCCCUCUGAGCCCUAUAUUGAGGCUGAAAACCUUCAAUGUGGAGACUGAUACGGAUAACAGCAAUGCGAUUAAAGAGUACGCGAGUAAGAGACGGAGUUUGGUUAGUGAAGAGGAGGGACAGUUAGAUGAGGGAGACAUGACGCUGGUAUCGGAGGCGUCAGAGCGUCUGUCUUCAGAUCAUCUGCCUUCCAAACCCAUCAACAUUGAUCUGUCACAGCCAGCGCACAAUCUUCACAAUACAUUUAAUAAGGGCCUAACGAACAUAAUGAGUGAACGUGGAAGCCUCAACAUGUAUCAAAGCGGCGAAUCUUUAAUGCGAAUGUCACCUCCAAGUCUGGUGUCUUCCUUAAUGAUGGAGAGCUCUGGCAAUUUCAACCCUGAGUCCAUGGACAGUAGGAAGAGUUUGUCAUCGCACCGAGAUUCAGGAAUACCACCGUCAGGUCGAGAAAGUAUAGACCCAAUGAUGACCAGCAUGACCCUCUCCAUACUAGACGAAAAGGACAUGAGCACAAGCUUCCUCUCGCAAACCACCUACCCCGACAACGACAGCCUCAUGGACUCUCUACCCCCCAGCCUUGUGAGCUCCGUCAACUCCUCCUACAUCGUCUCCAACAUGUCUAAACAAGGCAGAGAAUCCACAGAUUCCAACAACAUCUUUAGUUCAGCCACCUUCACACAUCUCGAACAAUCGGAGAAAUUACUAUCGGCUCGCCCGCGCCACCAACCCUUCAAUCACUUCCAGAAACGCGAAAACGAAUUCAGAAAAUCCGAAAGCUACACCAAAGCUAAAGAGGAGGCCUGUCAAAUCGACCCGAGCAAGAUACUUAUGGAAAAUGGUGAUAAAAACACUACCAAAACUUCAAACAAAUCACAAAUGUCCGAGACUGUUACUCUACACUAUUCCAACUCUAAAUUUAGACGGGACGAAAAGGAAAACUUGAAUUCUACUUUCGAGAAAGACGACGCCUAUUUGAAGGAUAUGCAACGAACUGCCGAUAUGGGCAAAAACAGUUUAAACGUCACGUUAGACAAACAGGAGCUAAAUGAGAUUAUACAGGCGCGUCAGAAGCUGUCUUUAGCUAGAAAAGCGUUGCCCGAGACUGAAAAAUUACCUAAUCAAGCAGACACAGCAAUAAAAACUAUACAACUUCCAAAUCAAACUAUCACAGUGCCUCGACACAGUAUGGAGAAUGCUUCCGAAUUAUUAUCAAGAAGAAGAAUGAAUAAUAGUUUUGACAAAGAAGAGCCACCGACGAGAGAAACGCCUAAAAGGAACGCUACGUUCAAAAAGGUGUCCCCGCGAAUUGCCUGUCUGGACAGCACUGUGGUAUAUGCUGCAAAUAAAGAUGAGAGUGAAUUGAUUGAUAUUAAUUUGGCGACUACGAACCUUAUUGAGUCUAGCGAGAUGAUAACGCUUGAGGAUUGGGGCUCGCAGCAGCGCGCCAUGGUGUGCUCCAGCGAGAGCACGGACACCGGCACCUUCAGCUCGUCCAGCCCGCCCGACAGCGUGCCCGACACGCAGCACGAUCCGAGUUCCAUAUCAUCAACACCCCUCAUAGGUUUCCGUAAACCGAAGGACCUCCUAAACAUCCACACAACCAUCUCCCCCAUCUACGACAUGGUCGACGACAAGUCCUACACCGUGACCAAAGUCACUGGGAACUCCCCAAUGGAAAGAACUUAUGACAAAUCAUACAACAUGAACAAGGCGAGCGCGAAUUCGUCAAUGGAUAAGACAUAUGAUAUGCAUGCAACGGUGAUAAAUACUGCUACUAUGGUUAAAAAGAGUUCGGCUAAAAGGGAUAUCUUGGCGGGGAAAGUUAGCCCCAAUAAGAAAAUGUUUGGGCCCAGCGUUCCAGUGAAAGCACAAAGUAUGGAUUCGUGCGUAAGUGCUAUGGCACCUCCAGUAGCGGUUUCAAGAAAAACUGGUCUUCCAACCUCUAAACUGAGGCAGUACAGCUCACAUAAAGAACUCAGCAGGAUACCAGCAGGCACGUCGGUGGCGGCGCGCGCGCUGCCGCGCUCCAACAUGGUGCGGCGCGGCGUGUACGCCUCCAACCCCGCGCUCAGCCCCACGCACCCCGCGCUCCCCGCGCACCCCGCACACCACGCACACCACGCACAUCAUCCACACCCCGCGCCCAUACGCAGGGACUCCUACACGCUCGAUGUGGACGGCGAAGCGAAAUCCGCAGCGAGACCCGUCGUACCGAACCAACCGGCGCUGGUCCGCCAGGGCACCGAGACGCUGCGCAGGGAACGGCCGCAGAGCCAGCUGGUGGCGCCUAAAGAUCCACCUCCAACGCGGCCGUACUCGAUAGCGGGAGCGUCGCAACUUCGGGUGGUUAGGCCGGCCACUGUACCCGUACAGAAACCAGUUUCCGCUGCGCCGGUCCCGGAGGCGCGGCCCGCGUCGUCGGCGCUGCCGCGGCCCUCGCGCCUGCCCGCGCCGCGCCGCGCGCUCCGACCUCCUUCAACAUACUCCGUAGCGCCAACAGCGGACCUCGACCACUACUGACGACUCCCGUUAGAAACCUAGGAACCCUAGAGUCUAGACUAAACUAGUAAACACGACUGAUUGGAAACUCGGUGUCUUUGAGAACUAAGUAGCGAUGAGAACUCUUAUUUUAUAUUUUUUUGUACGUUUUUUAACAAAUUUUAAAAUUUACACGAAUAAAAGGCUUUAGGGCUUCGGGCGUCAACCGCCUUGCUAACUUUCUAUUAAUAUAAUCAAUCGUAAUCAACCAUCAUUAUUACCAAAAGGAUAAAGUCUAUAUGCGAUUAUCUCGAGAUCACGGUCAUGCGGUUGUUUGCCACCACCGUAGUAAAAUAUAACUGUCAGUUACUUUACUAAAAACUAGUGUCCGACCGAAGUUUUGGUUUCGGCAGGUUUCGGCCGAAGGUUAAGAUUCUAUAAGAAACUGCAAAAUUCAGCCGCGCCGAAACUGCGGCCGACGUUUCAGCAAGAUACCGCAUAAAAAUAAUUUUUCGGAAAAUGAUUCGGUUUCUGCCGAAAUGAGAGCAAAAUCCAAUCUUCAGUUUCGGCAAAAAAUCCGGCUCCGGUCAGACCCUACUAAAUGCAUCCGUCUUAUUUUGACAAUGCGUAACUGUUUUAGCAAAAGAUAAUGCUAGUCUUUUCUUUCUAUUUGAGGUUUAAACAAUUCAAAAACUACUUGUUUCGUAUGAAACACUUGAAGGUCCCCAAAUGAAGUGCUAUUAAAGUUACAUAACUUUUUAAUAUUUUUUAAAUGUGAAUAUUAUGGAAUUGGACUCACAAUUCGUAAUAGACCGCAAGUCGGUGUUCUAAGGCUUAGUUUCACACUCUCUGUGAUUUACUUCAUAAUCAUGUCCAUAGGAAAUAAAACAUUUUUAUAACUAAAGUUUGUGCAGUAUUUUAUCUUGUUGAUGCAAGAUAAUGUAGGUAACGGAUAACCGUUUUUGUGUAAUAGAUUUGCUACGCUGCGACAAUAAAAUUAUAUUUUUAAUAACAUAUUUUAUAAAUAAUUUUGCCUAUCGUGUAUUAACUGUGGACGGACUAAUACAUCUCAUUAAGUAGUUAAAUUUUAUAUUCAAUUAUCAAACGGCAUUUGGAAGUUUUUUCAUUAAAAUUUUUGUAAUGCCUUUAAUUCGGGAUUAGGAAACAUCUUUUCUUCUAAUGAAAAGCUUUGCAUUUCCAAGCCCUUAACGUUGCUCUCUUUACUCGUUCUCUCAGACGGUAGAGCUCAAAAUUUCAAUAUUCUAUCCAUAAAUGUUUGGUACAAAGACAUACAAAUUAAGUUAUUAUAAUUCUUAUAUUAUUUACAAAUUUAGUAUAUAGUAUAAUACUGCGUUAGUAAUUUAUUUGUGAGUAAGGUAUUGCAUUUUGUUGAGAGAUUGUGAACAUUUUAGACAUGUUUGUUUAAACGUGUUUUGCUUUAGAUGUAAAAUUUUGUAAUAAUGUUUUAUACUGAUGCUAACUUUGUAAAAAUAAUUGUAACAUCAAAUAAAAAUAUUAUAUAUCGCACAAAAUUCGUAACACGAAUUUUAGUAUAACAUUUUUGAACAUGUUUAGUUAUGCAAUACAUUUUAAAAACAAAACCGUUAUACACGCGCACAUUGUAAAAUAUUUUUAAAAGUUUCUUGUACAUUAUGUAAAGUUUCAUAUAAAAGUAUGUACUAUUUAUGAAUUUAAAUCAUUCUUACACUGAAGAUAUUUCACAUAUCCAUAUUAUUACUUAAAUAUUUUACUAAUAACUUUGCCAUAUAACAAAGCUUCCUAUGUAUCCUAAGACUAUUUAUUCUAAUAUUAUGCCUACCUAAAUGGGUGUCUAAACUGUCUAAAUAGACACUACAGAUAUUUAUGACAUCGAUUGCUCCUGCCAUUCUCAAACUAAAAUAAAAAUAAUUAUAUUUUGAGCUGGCACUCAAUUUAAAUGGCGGCGGUUAUUUUUUGGCUUGCAUGUUUCUGUUGCAUGCAAAUUACAGUUUUGCACGUAAAAAACUGGCAACACCGUCCAGAAAAUAUUCAUAAUCUUUUUUUUCCAUAAUCUUAUUCCAAAUAUUUCUGACCAUACUCUCGUUAUACUUUCCUAUCUUUGAUUGUUGUGAUAUAUAAUGUGGGCCAAAAGUGUUUAAAGUUAUUACGAAGUUGUAACUUGUAGCCUAAACAUUAUAUAUUAUGUAGAUAAUCCAGGAUUGUUUAUGUACAGGACUUUGUUUUAUAUGGACAUAUUUGAAUCGCUAUAAAUCUAAUGUAUUGCUGUUCGCCGCGCAUCGGUUGCGCUUUGCUUGCUGUUGGUUUCGACACGUCGUGCCUUAUUUAGGUAGUGUAAGGAAUUUUGUUUUCAUUUUCUAAUAAAACAGUAUGUAUUUA